AUGCAUGGACCAUCGCCUCUCUCUGCUACUCAAGCUGCACCGCAACACCGGCCUCGGAUAAAAUUCGAGCCUUCUGUUCUAUCUCAAACUCAAGGAAGACUUGAUCGUCAGCCUGCGGUUCCUUCGAGCGCUGACUCCUCAUCACUAGUGGAGCACAAAUGUCUGAUCAUAAACACUAACAAGAACCUGGUAAAGCCCGAGCCAGCAGCUGCAGACGAUCAAACCACCCCUCAUGGUGAUCAAAUAUACUGGAGUCUGGAAAACUUGCCUGACGUCCUUUACGUCCUCAGACCCAGAACGGACUACCGCAAAUCGAGACACCGUGUCUAUAAAACAACCAGUGCAAUUACUGGAAAGCAGAUCAAUGGCUUUCCCGUUCUCCCGAGCCAAAUCUCCUCCAACGUCGAAGGAUGGAGACUCGAGGCCUGGAUGCGUUUGGACCGUCGCAUCACCCAGCAGGAUAUCAUCGACCGCGUCAAUCCCAAGUACACAUUGACCGCGGAAGAGAUUGAGUCUCGCAGGGAAAUCUUUCGCAACACCUUCCACGUGGCUAAUUGGAACGCGCAAAAGUCCAUCUGGGACAUUGAUCGCAUGCUCAAGGCUAUCGGAGUUGAUACCCAGAAUAAUUCCACCAGGGGACUGACGCCUGGCUUGAUCGACCCAUCAAAGGGUGAAGCCGGCGGACGCAUCCCGAUACCAGGAGAAAACAUCAUUCCUACGAAGCAGGGAAGGCCGAAUCUAGAAACCGCUUCCAGGAGCUUCGAUGAGAAGUGCAAAGGCCGCCGUCCAGGCCCACUUCAUGCUUCGCAGGCAGAUUCGAGAAUGGAUUCGAGCAGCCACGAGAUCGAAGCAGAGCAGAGUUUAUCGCAGCAAGAUUUCGCAAUUGAUACCCACACGAGAGCAACUGCAUCGCCGCAAACUACAACGAUUGACUCCACGCAUGUCGACUUCGAAUACCCCGAGGUAGAUGGUUUGACCCAUUGCAUCGAGCCUCCCACCCAACCCUUCCACGAUGAAGACGACACUGUUGGCCGCACAAUGACUUUGAAGAGAUUUUUGAAAAAGAACCACAUGUCGUACGAGGAUUGGCUUCUCCGCGAUUAUGAUGUUGUUGAUAGAGAUACCCUGAAGCCUGGACGCAAUGAGGAUCUGGAGUCUCAGGAGCCGGCAAACAUAAUCGCCAGAUCGAGGCGCAGACGCGUUGACGAUUCGGACAUUGAGGCGUCAGUGACCAUGGACAGGGGCCGGAAGCGCAGACGUGCUGGGGAAGUGAGUGUCGACGAGUCGUCAGCAGGCGACGAUGCUAGCACGAAGCACCGGGUAACAGAAACGUUGAACCCUGGCAAGUCCACCAAAAGAUCUAGUAAUGAUUUUUGGGCUACUGUCUUGAAAGGCUGA